AUGGCUGGGAGGAAUGACGCUGCAAUGGCUGCCGCAAUGCAAGCGAUGGCACAAGCUGUGCAGAACUUGCCAAAUGCUGGUGGAGAUGCUGGAUCACGUAGCUUGGCGACUUUUCAAAGAGAGAAUCCGCCGGUGUUUAAAGGGAAGCAUGAUCCAGAUGCAGCUUUAGGAUGGUUGAAAGAGAUUGAGAGAAUCUUUCGUGUUAUGGAUUGUACUCCAGCUCAGAAGGUUCGGUAUGGUACUCACAUGCUAGCAGUCGAAGCUGAUGACUGGUGGCUAGAGACUCACGAGGGGUUGACCGCGGCAGGUGAAGUCGUUACUUGGGAUGUAUUCCGUAGGGAAUUUCUGAGGAAGUAUUAUCCAGAGGAUGUCCGUGGUAAGAAGGAAAUUGAGUUCCUUGAGCUGAAGCAAGGAAACAUGUCUGUCACGGAUUAUGCUGCGAAAUUUGUGGAGCUGUCCAAAUUUUAUCCUCAUUACACUGGAGCUGGUGCUGAAUUUUCAAAGUGCAUCAAGUUUGAAAACGGAUUGCGCUCUGAAAUUAAGAAGGCUGUUGGGUAUCAGAAGAUACGCAUUUUUACUGAAUUGGUUGAUAGCUGCAGGAUAUUUGAAGAAGACAAUAAUGCUCAUUACAAGAUUGUCAGUGAUCGCAGAGGCAAGCAACAUCAAAACCGUGGCAAGCCGUAUGAUGUUCCAGCUGGAAAAGGGAAGCAAAGAGCUGUUCCGGCUCAGAGAACUAGUGGGGGAGGUGCUCCUGCUGGUAUAGUUUGCUUCAAAUGUGGUCAGGCCGGUCAUAAGAGUAAUGUUUGCACUGCUAAGGUAAAGAGAUGUUUUCGCUGUGGUUUGUCUGAUAAUGCAGGAUAG